AUGUCGCACAUGGAAACAAAUGAGGAUGUAGUGCUUACAAAACGCCUUGAAAACUAUUGUUGUUCACAAAAACAAUAUUAUACCAACAGCAAAUCAACUCUUGUCAAUACAUUACAAAUUUUACCAAGAGUUGUUAUAUACAAAAAAUCUUUGAAAAUCGGAAGCUGUUAUGAGAGUAUAAUAACAAUUAAAAAUGAGGGAUUGCAUAAUCGUCGUUUGUUAUAUAGCAGCGAUUCAAAUGAUAUUACAAUUAGUGUCCACCCAGACAACCAGAUGAAUAACUUUUUGGAAGCUGAUCAUUCUCUACAACUAUCUAUUUACAUAAAACCCACGAAUAAAUUAAAUCUUAAUCGCAGACGCCAUAUCUUCAUUGAAUCUGAACAUCCGAAUAUAAAAUUUGAAAUACCCAUUAUAAUAUUGGGUAAAAAUAAAAUCGAAUUGUCCAGUUUUCCAGAGCAGAUUGUAUUUCCAACGUCUACGAUUGGUAAUUGUACAUUUUAUGAAAUGAUUUUGUAUAAUGGAAAUUCAGAAAAGACAAGUUUUAGUGUUAAGGGAACUAAUCCUAAUUUGUCUAUAAUUGUACCUACAUUAGCAAUUCCAAAACGUGAUUAUUGUACAAUUUUGUUGAAACUUAACUGCAAAGCUCUGAAUGAAAUAUGUGAUACUAUUAAAUUUAAAUUUGGCUCAGAAACAUUUGAGGCAACAUUUAUUCACAAACCUAUACAAUGGAGCCUAUUUCCAGACUGUGCCAACAUUCAAUUUGAUGCCAUAAAAUUCGAUAGAAACACAACUAAGACAUUUCGUUUAUGUAAUGAUUCUAAAUCUACCAUUAAAUUUCAAUUAGAAUUCCCAACCAAACAUAAUAGAACUUGCUGUGAAAUAGACCAGACAUCAAAUGAGAAUAAUUCCUCAGAAGAAAAUAAAACAAUUAUAGAUCAAUAUCCAUGGCGACAUUUUAAAAUUCAUCCAAAAUGUGGAACACUCUCCCCAAAUACCUCUCAGCUGAUAGAUGUAACAUUUCAUCCGAUAAUGCAUGAAGAUUUUUCGUCAGAAAUGGAAAUUCCACCAUUUUUAGUUGAAACGAAAUUAUUUCUAAAGGCUCAAGAUGAGCUGAAAGUUGAACAAAAAUCUAUUCGAGUAAAAGGUUUUAUAAAUGGUCCAGAUAUUGAAAUUAUACCGAAAUUUAUUGAUUUCCGCAAUGUCUAUUUUGGAGAGGAACAAUGUGCAACCAUUAAGGCUAUUAAUGUGGAUGGUCUCACGGAAUGCCAUGUGGAUUAUUAUGACUUUAGUGUCCAUGAUGAUGGCAAUGUGAUGAUUACACCAGAUGGCGGCUAUGAUUUGAAACCCUGUCAGAGUGCCAUAUUCAAUUUACAAUUUUUUGCCAAAGUCAUUGGGAAAUUUAUGAUCAAAUUGCAAUUUAAAGUAAGAAAUGGGAAUUUCUUUACAUCAAUUAUAAGAGGCAUCUCGCAGCAAGUUCGUGUCAAAUGUUUUCCCGAAGUCUUGGAAUUGAAUAGCAUACCAAUAUGUGUACCACAAAAACGUCUAGUGCUUAUAAUAAAUCCCCUUUCUGUACCGAUUACUGUACAAUGUACGGUACCCAAUGAUGGCAUCGAAAUACCAUUAGUUUUAAAUGUCAACGAAACGCACGAUCAUUUACCUAUUACGGUCAAGGAUCCUGUCAAACAUAUGCAAGAAUGUCAUAAAGAGGAGGAAAUCAGUUUACGUCUAAAAAAGGAUGAUGCAGAGAUUCGAAGCAAUGAAGAAAAUGCGAUUGUAGAAUUGGAAAAUUCCGAAAUAUCACUACAAACCUAUCGCUCAAUUAGAAUCGAUGACAAUUCAUCAAUGACAUCGUAUAGUACGGAAUUUCAGGAGAAUGCCUUGGAUUUCAUUCCGACAAUGGCCACCAGUUUACUACAUCAUUUAAAGAAAAUCAAAAUAUUCGAUAAACCCGAAAUGGAAAAGAAAGUUAUCGAUGAAACCAUCUCGGCUUUAUUACAAACUUCGUAUUUUCACGAUAUGGAUAAAUAUAAAAAUUAUUGUAAUAUGGAUUGGAAUUCAUUACCAUCAGAUCCCAAAGAAAUCUAUUGUAAUAAUGAAAUAAUAUUUCUUCAUCCAAAUACGGGUAAAGUGCUAAGUGUAAUGAUAAUACCAAAUGUCAUUGGUGAUCAUCAGAAAUUUCUCGAAUUUCGUGUAUGUCCAAUAUUGCCUUCACCUGAAGCCGAUGAUGAUAGUGAUGAUGAUUCAAAAUUACAACAAAUAGUACGUUCCAGUAAUUUAUUAAGUAGGCUAUGGAUUGAAUAUAAUUGUGAGGUACCGGAAAUUAGGUGGGGUAAUGUCAUCGAUAUGAAAGGUCCUCACUAUGCUGGUGAGCUAUAUGAAUUUGAAAUGGUGUUUGAGAAUUGCAGUAAAAUUGGUGGAUUUUUCUUCUAUGAUGUUAUUAAGGAUGACUCUCACAUUACAAUUUAUCCUGAAGGAGGGCAAUUGGCACCAACAGGACAAAGUAUAUUCGUGUUAAUGGAAAUGUUCUAUACCGAUCCUGGACUUUAUAGGACAACUUUGAACGUUAUAAUGCAAUAUGAAACAAUUAAGAAAAUCCCCAUUAUAAUCCAUGUGGAGGGAAUGUCAAUAUUCUUCGAACCAAAUAUUCAAAUUGAAAAUGUAGAUAUCGGCAUGAUAUUGUGUACCACAGAAACUGAAUUUAAUUCGGAAACUCCAAACUAUUCUAAAACAAUACAAGUUAUAAAUCGUGGUCAGCAUUCAUAUCGCAUUGUGAUAACCAAAACGAAAACUUCCGCACGACCCAUUUGUCACAUGACACCAAUUAAGGCAAGAUUACUUAUAAAACCCAGUAGUAUAGUAAUGGGGCCAAUGACAGAGGAUCAAUUUGUAAUAACUGCCAAUGCCUGUGAGGCUUUGAGCGUCCACAAUGAAUUUCGUAUUGAUAUUGUUGAUCUAGCGGAACCAACUAUAAAGAAAUCCUCUCGUUUUGUAAUCAAGGCCGAGUUUACACAACCCCAAUUAAUUUGGAAUCGUCGUGAAAUCAGCAUUGAUUAUUGUCGGACCCAUAAGUAUAAGGAACAUCCGCAGUGGGAACUUCUGAAACUUUCCAAUACAACGAACAAUUUUAUUAAACUUGUCUGUCUCAAGAUAGUUGGACCAUUUUUGCUAAAAGAAAAUUUCGAAUAUAAUCCACUGAAAGAUCUUCAAUUCUCAAUACAUCCAAUGGAAUCUAAAGAAGUUUUCAUAGUUUUGGAUAAGAAUGCAUUGAAAGAGUUUAAAAAUUCGUCUGUAGAAGGGCGCAUAAGCUGUUCAGCGAAUUCACAUAAACAGAAAUCUGUGAGCAUUAAACUGAAUAUAUAUACACCCACCAUAAAUAUUAAACAAAAUAAUGUGAUACUGUUUGUGAAAAAUUCCGAAGGAGGUUGUUAUAUACCAAUUCAUAAUGCAGGAAAUGUUCCCGCCACCUAUAAAUGGUUAAAAAUCCAAGAAACAUGGCGAUACAUUAGUGAAGAAGAUGAUCAUGAACAAGUUGCUGACAUAAUUAUAUCUGAUAUUAUUAAUAGCCUUCAGUUGGAAACAAUUAUUUUUGAAAAUGAUUCCGAACCAAAUAUGACCAAACGCUAUAAAAAAUUACGUUGCUAUUUACCAAAGUUGAACGAUCCAAUUGGAAUACGGAAAAUAUUAGAUGAUGUUAUAAAUGAACUUGAUUUGACACACAAACGUUAUAAAUUUAACUUGCGGGAACCUCCACCACCUGCUGAACCAAAGUUGUCUUCAUCCCGUUCAGAGUUAUUGGAAGAUAAUAAAUGUUUACAUGAAUUAUCUCCAGAUGUCACAGAAAAUUAUAUUCAAGAUGUAAAUGUAAACCAAGAACAGGAAACUAUUUUGGAAAAUUUGUCAAAAAGACAAGAUGCAGACAUUCCCAAAACCUUAUAUUUUAAUAAGACAUUUUCCAAAAUUCAGUCAACUACAAAUUUACCAGAACAAACCUCAUCAAGAGCAUGUGUCUAUCAUACGUUGGAUGCAAUUUUAAAUAAUGUUAAAUUGGAAGAUAGUUAUACUAUAUCUGAGCCCUGUAUCGAAACUUGUGAUCCCAAGGGAACAGUGUAUUUCUUUGAAAAGUGUGGUACUGUACAAGGGCAGCAAAUGGAAAUGUGUGCUCUACACAUACCUCCAAUAAGACGAGGUUAUGAGGUAUCAGUUGCAUUCCAGCUGCAAGUUGUUGGUGGUCAGAGCCAAGAAUUCCACAUUAAGUUCGUCAAUUUGAAACGAACAUUGAAACUCAGCAAGGAAUGUGUAUAUUUGGGUGUAAAGCCAUGGUAUGAAAAUGUCAAAACCCAAGUGAUCGCUGAAAAUAUAACCCAUUACGAAAUAAACUUAAAUAUGGAAAUAUUACCCAAAACAACAACUAAUUUACCCUCUGCCGCCAAUGGCAAUAUGAAAAUGUUAAAUAAUAAAGAAUUGAUCCUAAAGCCAUUAGAAAAAAUUAAAUUAAAAUUUGAAGGCAUUAUGGGCAUCAACGAAGACGGAUUUGAACGUGAGCUAUGUAUUACCAUAAAUAAUGGGGAACGAAAAUCAUUAAAAUUUCGAGGUCAGGGUAUUAUUCCUAUGUUAAUAAGAGAUAACAGAAAAUUACCUUAUGAACCACAAACACCUGAGGAAAUUAUCGAUGAAUAUCGUUUCCUGCAAAAGAUUUAUUAUUUCGAGAUAUUUUCGGAUAUAACGAAGUUGGAUGAGGAGAAUACUAAUAAACUAACAGAAGAAAAUGAUUUAAAAAGAUCUUCAUGUUCUCUAAUGGAACUAACAUCGACACAAUCCGAAUCAUUGAUUGACGAAAGUCAAUCUACAACUGCAAGAUCGACGACACAUCGUGAAAAGGAAUUCGAAUUCUUUCGUUGUUUAUUUCGAAAUUAUGUUUUAAUAAAUAAUAAUCAAGGAUUACCCGAUCCGAUACAAUUGGAACAAUUAUUGGAAACAGAAAAAUUCCUCCAGCAACUGCAUGAGCAUUCGGAAACUGGUGAAUUAUUCAAAAUUCUUUAUAGAGAAUAUCAAAAUGUGAAUUAUGAUCGGAUUUCCAAGAAUUUAAAACAUUUCGUCGUUCAACCUCUGCCUUUUAAUAUGAGAGGUCUUGUUUUGGAUUUGGGUAAAUUAGUAUUUAAUCAAUAUCGCAAGUACUCUGUGUCAUUGGAUUUUUUGGGACCAGGCAUACUUAUUGCAGCCGCUAGAAGUGCUAUAGAAAUUCCUGGUGUCUUUGUUGAUUUUGAAGCGGUUGAUAGAACUGGAGAUUCCCAAUUUAUCUACGAUCGUUCGGAUAAAAAUCAAUGUCAGACGAAAUCUCCUACACGUUAUCGUAAUAUGUAUGAACGUGAGCUAGAUGCUGAGAUAGAUCCAAAAGUUAAGCAUGCUCACUCCUUUGACAUAGACAAACAAGUUCAACAUCAGCGCCGUUUUCGCCACAAUCGUUGCCAGCGUAAAUGGUUACAAAACUAUUAUGGCAGUUUAAAUAAAUCAAUUUAUGCCGAACAUAAACAUCUGUAUACACAUUGUAAAAUUUUUACCAAAAAUAAAAAGUACAUAUCUUCGGCGAAACUUAAUGUCGUGAUACUAAUACGCCCUGAGAAACGAUAUUAUUUGGCAAAUCAACAUAUUGAAGAUUAUGUAUUUAUUGAUCUACACAUGGGUCCUACUUUACCCAUUUUGCUACGUGGUACCAUUACGGAACCAGAGUAA